GGCAGUUGCAGAGUUCAGACAAGAGCCAAGUAUGCAGGUACUGUCCAAAAACCACUGACCAGAACAGUUGUCUCCUGAGGCCCAUCCUAUGAAUGAGCCAUGGCAGCCUACCCUGUAACAUCCACUGGCUCAUUUCCCAGAAUUCUCUGGACCCUCCUUCUCCUGGUUGCCUCUCUGAAUGCCCAAAAUCAAAAGUGGGACAACCCAGUAUGCACGGAACCACUGGAAGUGUCUGCUCCCAAAGGCAGCCGCGUGCUGAUGGCUUGUAACAUCUCCAACACCUUCAGAGAUGUCACCAUUAAGCUGACUGCCAAUGGAAAGGCCAAGACCAUCUUUGACCAAAAGCCUCCAGGAAGCUACUUUGAAGAUUCAUGGCACCUCCAUAUUCAAGGAGGUCAUGCCCAGCUGGUGAUCAUGAAUGCCCAGGACAUCCACGCAGGGGAGUACCUGUGGAGGUUGCAUGGACUCCAGAGAAAAGAUGAAAACUUGACCCUGAAUGUUACUGACCUAGACACCACCGACCAGGAGCCAGGGAGCUUGCAAGUCAAUGCUGAGCCCCCACCUUCAGGAAGCAACUGGGUCAUUGUCAUCAUUGUCAUCAUCAUCAUUAUCAGCAUAAUAGGAGUCAGUGUGUGUGUCUGCUGCCAGCGCUCCCGUUCCCUGAAGUACCACAGAUAUGAAGGGCCAGGGCCUGGUCUGAGUCAUGGGUUUCCUGGCGGUCCCCACCGGACACUGCCCAAGGUCUUCCACGUCCUGCAGCAAAAGAAGAUAAUUUGGCUGCCUGGUGCUUGCGGAGGUGAGAAGAGAGUGUUGGAUCCCCUGAAACCGGAGCUACAAAUGGUUUGAACCACCACACACGUGCCAGGAACUGAAACCAAGUCCUUUGCGAGAGAAACAAGUGCUCUUACUGCCUAGUCCACGAUUCUUGUUGUUGUUUUGUUUUGUUUUUUG